AUUAACAAUGUAUACUUAUACACGGUUUUCUUCGAAUCUUUCCGUUGAGUUUUCCGAUCUCUCGCGUCUCGAUCGCAUUCCGUGACAGUCAGUGCCGUCGGUGGCGGAUUUAAAUCUGUCGGUUGUACCUGCGAUCUCUCUCGUCCAAGGUUGUUGCGAAGUGCGGUCGCUCGUCCAUUGGUCAUGUGCCGGACAUUGCGUUUGCGACGUAUAAACUCGAUCGCGAUGGAGUUCCCGUCGUCUUAUACGUAAGCGACGUACGGAAGUACGUAAUAGCAGAACAAUGUGGGCGACAAUGAGCUCGAUUAAACAUAAGGAUUAACCUGAAGCCGGUAAUUCGAGGAGAACUGAUCGCGCAAUGUACAUAACAGAUGUUUCAAUAGGAUAACAAUAUCCGUAAACCGAUAAAUCUUAUCGCGUCAAGUGUGUACACAUGUUGCUUCUUCGUAUUACCCGUACAAGGUUGAUAUGAGAGUUUACAUUUUGAUAUGUGAGCUUAUUGCUUCGCACCUUAUAAGUUACUAAGAGUGAUGUCUUAAACUGUUCCUUUUUGUUUUUUUUUUUUUUGUACAAAGUUAUAUGUUUCAUUUCAUAAUACACAAUGUCACGUCUGUUGCUGUCUUGUGAUGUCACUUUGCUGACGAGAAGUGUGUUUAAACACGAAUACAAACAGAUACAUCACUCCUGCAAAGUCUUGGUGCUCGGAGGUGGUACCGGUGGUUGUUCCAUGGCUGCUAAGCUAACCAGAGAGCUCUACAACCCAAAGGAAGUUAUUGUAACAGACCCAAACGAUUCGCAUUAUUAUCAACCUUUGUUCACCUUGAUUGGUGGUGGCAUUAGUUCUUUUAAAUCAUCAAGAAGGAAUAUGAAAGAUAUUUUGCCGAAAGACGUAAAAUGGCUGAAAGCUUCUGUUGUUGGAUUCGAACCUGAUGCUAACAAAGUGUCAAUAGACAAUGGAGAUACCAUACAAUAUGAUAUCAUGAUUGUUGCAUUAGGCUUGCAAUUGCAUUGGGAUAAAAUUCCAGGUUUAAAGGAGGGUUUGCGCGAUCCUGAUGCACAAGUGUGCUCUAUCUACGGACCAGAGACGGUUUCCGAAGUUUAUUCAAAAAUUAAAAAUACAAAGACAGGAACAGCGGUAUUUACAUUUCCAAAUUCACCUGUUAAAUGCCCAGGUGCACCUCAGAAGAUUGCCUACAUUACGGAGGACUAUCUUCGCAAACACAAUCUACGGAAUGAUGUCAACGUCAUGUACAACACAGCCUUACCUGUUAUAUUUGGAGUUAAAAAGUAUGCUGAUUCUCUUUGGAGUGUUUGUAAACAGAGGAAUAUUAAUGUCAAUCUCCAGACUAAUCUGGUGAAAAUAGAUCCGGAAAAAAAGCAAGCCACGUUUGAAAAACUGAAUUCACCGGGAGAAACAUGGACACAAGAGUAUUCUCUUCUUCAUGUGACACCUCCAAUGGGGCCUCCUGCAGUUUUAAAGGAACAUUCCGCAUUGACCAAUGAAGCUGGGUUUCUCAGCGUUGAUCCGAAAACUCUUAGACAUACGAAAUACUCAAAUAUAUUCGGCAUAGGCGAUUGUACAAACACUCCGAAUUCUAAAACUAUGGCCGCAAUAGCUGCUCAAGGAAAAGUGUUGUAUCGAAAUAUUGCGGACGAUCUGGCUGGUAAACCAAUGACAAUGGCUUAUGAUGGUUACGCGUCGUGUCCAUUGGUUACUGGUUACGGUAAAUGUAUUCUGGCAGAGUUCGACUACAACUUGCAACCUUUGGAAACUUUUCCAGUAAAUCAAGGAAAAGAAUAUUAUUUCACUUAUUUACUAAAAACGUAUUUCUUCCCGUUUAUAUACUGGAAUUUGAUGUUGAAGGGUUACUGGAACGGACCUGAAUUUUUCCGCAAGUGCACAAAGAUGCUUAAAAAGGAUUAGUAUUUGAAAGAAAGAGUUGACCAAGUGUCUUUUGCAAAAUUAAAACUCUAUAACGUACAUAUACACAUUUCGUAAAUACUCUUAUUAUAUAAGUUGGUCUUUAUACAAAGUUUAUUGCACAAUAUAGUUUAAUUGUUGUAUUUAUUU